AAGAAGACCGGAUGGAAUUAGAUGGAUUCGUAAUAGAGAAGUGUCUCACGUGCGGCGGCGGCGACGGUGACGAUGGUAUGAAAGUGGUGGCGUGUAGUGUGAUCGGAUGCCCGAUUGGUAUCCACGAGGAGUGUAUGAGUUCCAACUCUGAGAUUGAUGACAAGGGCAGGUUCUACUGCCCUUAUUGCGCUUACAAGAGGGCGCUGCUGAGGAAGAUGAAGCUGCGAAAGAAGCGGGACCCACAUGCGAAAGGUGGGAGUGACAUUCCACAGUUGAACCAAACUGACAAAGUUACUGAGGUCCUGUCCGAGACAAGAAAAGUUCCAGACUCGAACCCAACUGAGAAAGCUGGCUCCUCUGCUGAACCAAGAAAUGUUCCGGAAUCUGGAAGUGAAGAUUUGUUAUUUCGUAUUAGCAAGAGGAGGAAAGUUAACUGGACAGCUGCCGAGUUGGAAAUGUUGGAGGCAGGAAUACAAAUAUUUUCAGCCCAAGUAAAGAAAAAUCUUCCUUGGAGGAGAAUUUUGGAGUUGGGUAGGGAUAUUUUUCAUGAGACUCGGACUCCAGAUAAUCUGAAGGAUAAAUGGAAGGUCCUGUGCAGAGAAGCCUCUAACAAUAAACAAACUUGAUCACUUGGACUUCGAGGAAAAGGAGGCAAACAUCGUUAUGAAGUUUCAGAUGUAACAUAUGUGGAGUUUGUAGAGAGGAUGAUGUAUGCGGGAACCAGCUCAUUGUU